AUGGAUCAAAAAACCCAACAAGUUUUGCGUCCCUUGUCCGUCAAGCAAAACCAGACCGAAGUCUCGGUCCUCGUUCCCGCCGAUAUUUGGGUAUCUGCCGAGCAAUUGAAGGAAGAGUUCCCUACAUCAAAUGAAUCCGAGGAAGUGUCCGAAAUAGAGUUGGCCGCACGGUUCAUGAACUUUGCAGCUGAACGAGCUGCCAAGGAAUCCCAAUUUUUACCUGUGGCGAGAACGGUGUUCUUGAAUUUCCGGGAUCAGUACUUGAAGCAAAACGAUGUUCACGCCAUCACCCGUUCGUUGGAAUCUGAAUCCAAGACUGUUGUCAUUCAAGCAUACUUUACAGCCUUGGUGGUGCUCAAGGAACAACGUGCUUUGACACCCGAGGAAGCGAAACCCGCUCAGUCCGCUUUGUUUGCUGCCGCUGCCCGUGGUGAUACUAAAAUUUUUGCAAUCUUUGGUGGUCAGGGCAAUAUCGAGGAAUAUUUUGAUGAAUUGGCUGAUAUCUGGACCAUCUACCGAGGUCUUGUCCAGCCUUUUGUCGAACGUAUGGCUGUAGUUCUCGCCGAUUACGCACGUAGCUCCGAAGCUAGUGUCUUCCAUUCCAAAGGCUUGGAUAUUCUUCGCUGGCUCGAAAAUCCCGAACAGAGACCCGAUCUUCAGUACCUCGUCUCGGCUCCCGUCAGUUUCCCUUUGAUCGGUCUUACUCAACUCUUGCAUUACUAUGUGAUGUUGCGUGUGUUGGAUCGCUCUCCCGCUGAUAUCCGACAACUCAUUGCAGGUUCUACCGGUCACAGUCAGGGUAUUAUUUCAUCGGUGGUCAUUGCUUCUUCCGCUACCGAGGAAGAGUUCAUUAGCAAUACCGAAAAGGCACUUGGUUUAUUGUUCUGGAUGGGUACCCGCGCCCAACAGGUGUUCCCUCCUACCACCUUGAACCCCACCGUUCUCGAAGAUUCCUUGUUGAAUAACGAGGGUACUCCUACCCCCAUGUUGGCGGUUACUGGUCUGAGGGAAGCCCAGGUUCUCAAGCAUCUCGAGGCUACCAAUGCUCAUCUUUCGCCCGAUCGUCAAAUCGAAAUCACCUUGCAUAAUGGACCGCGUUCCUUUGUUUGCACUGGCCCUCCACAAUCAUUGUAUGGUCUCAAUCUCAGUUUGCGCAAAUUGAAAGCCCCGACCGGCUUGGAACAGUCACGCGUGCCUUUCUCUCAGCGCAAGAUCAAGUUUUCAUCUCGCUUCUUGCCUAUUACCGCUCCUUUCCACAGCACUUAUCUUAAGGCUGCUACCCAGAUUUUGUUAAGCGAUGCCGAGCGCUGCGGUCUUCUUGUAAACGCAAAGGAUUUGCAAGUUCCUGUGUAUGCAACCGAUUCAGGCGUUGAUCUUCGCGAAUCCACCAACCUCACAUUGGACCUGAUCUCGCUUAUCUGUGAACGCCAUGUCCAUUGGGAAAAGGCUAUUGCCCCCAAGGAUCUUACUCACAUCAUCGAUUUCGGCCCCGGCGCCACUUCCGGUAUCGGUGGCUUGACUCAUCGCAACAAGGAAGGAACGGGUGUUCAGGUCAUGUUGGCGGGUGCUUUGGAAGGCAAUAACCGCGAUUUGUCUUACAAGGCCGAUUUGUUCGAUGCCGACUUGCGUGCUGUCACUUACUCUCAAAACUGGGCCAAGAUGUUCCAGCCCCAGUUGGUCAAGACGACAUGCAACAACCGCAUCCAUGUUGAUACUCGUAUGUCCCGUUUGUUGGGUAAGCCUCCGUUGAUGGUGGCUGGUAUGACUCCCUCGACUGUCAAUGAAAACUUCGUUUCCGCUGUGAUGAACGCCGGUUACCAUAUCGAAUUGGCUGGUGGUGGCCAUUAUAACGAAAAGGCCCUUCGCAGCAAGGUCGACAAGAUCAUGGCUUUGACUCGUCCCGGUGAAGGUAUCACCCUCAACAUGCUCUUCUUGAACGUUCGUCAGUGGGGAUUCCAGUAUCCCUUGAUUCAAAUCAUGCGCCAAGAAGGUUUGCCAAUGGAAGGUGCUUGUGUGGCUGCUGGUGUUCCCAGUCUUGACGUCGCCAAUGAGAUUUUGGCCAACUUGCAGGCCGCUGGUAUUCGCCACGUUGCCUUCAAGCCAGGUAGCAUCGACACCAUCCGUCAGGUCGUCUCUAUUGCUGCAGCCAACCCUACCAUGCCUGUUAUCAUGCAAUGGACUGGUGGUCGCGCUGGUGGCCAUCACAGUUUCGAAGAUAUUCAUCAACCCAUUCUCGAGACCUACGCUUCUAUUCGUCGUCAGCCCAACAUUGUUCUUGUUGCAGGUUCUGGUUUCGGUGGCGCCGACGAUACUCUUCCUUAUCUCACUGGUGACUGGUCUCUUAAAUUCGACUAUCCUCCCAUGCCCUUCGACGGUAUCCUCUUCGGUUCUCGUAUGAUGGUUUCCAAGGAAGGUUUGGCCUCCGAAGCUGCCAAGCAAGCUAUGGUGGAUGCUCCCGGUGUUGACGAUGCCGAUUGGGAACAAACUUACAAGGGUCCUGCUGGUGGUAUCAUUACCGUUCGUUCGGAACUUGGUGAACCCAUUCACAAGGUCGCUACCCGCGGUGUUCGUCUUUGGAAAGAACUCGACGAAAGCAUUUUCAAUUUGCCAAAGGACAAGCGUCUUCCUGCUUUGUUGAAGAAGAAGGAUUACAUCAUCAAACGCCUUAAUGCUGAUUUCCAAAAGGUUUGGUUCGGUAAAAAGAAGAAUGGCGAUGUCGUUGAUCUGCAAGACAUGACCUACGCCGAAGUCGUCAACCGCAUGGUGGAGUUGUUGUAUAUCAAGCACGAAUGCCGAUGGAUCGAUGUUUCUUUGCGUAACCUUGUCGGUGAUUUCUUGCGCCGUAUUGAAGAACGUUUCACCACAGAAGAGACUACCUCGAAGCUUCAAAACUUUGCUCAGCUCGAUCCUCCCUUCGAUUUUGUGGAAGAAUUCUUGGCUCAAUUCCCCGAAGCUGAUGAACAGCUCUUGACCUCUGCUGAUGUGUUGCACUUUGUCACUUUGUGCCAGCGCCGUGGCCAGAAGCCCGUUCCUUUCAUUCCUGUCAUGGAUAAGGACUUUGACGUUUGGUUCAAGAAGGAUUCCCUUUGGCAAUCCGAAGAUCUCGCCGCCGUUGUCGAUCAGGAUGUCCAACGUACCUGUAUCUUGCACGGUCCCGUCGCUGCCAAGUAUGCUAACCGCAUUGAUCAACCCGUUGGUGAAAUUCUUGGCGAUAUCUACGAGAGCCACAUCAAGAGCUUGAAGGAACGUUACUACAACAACUCUGACGACCAAAUUCCUCAGAUCGAGUACCUCGGCGGUGUCAAGAUCGCCUCUACUCAUGUGAAGGAAACCUCCUCUUCCGCUACUGAAAGAGUCUACGAGGUCGGCUCCAAGGUUCCCGAGGAAGAUGCUUGGUUCCAGGCCAUCAGUGGUCCCAAGUACACCUGGUUGCGCGCUUUGUUGACUUCUACCUUUGUCGUGCAAAGCAAGAAGUUCAUUGAUAACCCGCUCAAGCGUAUCUUCCGUCCCCGUGCUGGUCAAAAGGUGACAGUUUCUUUGAAGGGUGACGAGAUCAGUGCUAUCAAGGUCGAAGACAAGCGUCUUUGGAGCGCUACCGGAAAGACCAAGGACUUUGUUGUCUCUGUUGAAGCCACCGUUUCCGGCAACAAGAUCAGCACCACCUUGUAUGAGAAACGCGGUGAUGAUCUUAUUCCUUUGAACUUGCAGUUCGAGUACAAGCCUGAACUCGGCUAUGCUCCCAUUCACGAGAUCAUGGAGGGUCGCAACGACCGCAUCAAGGAGUUCUACUACAAGUUGUGGUUCGGCAAGGAUAACAAGGAUGAUUUCUUGAGCAUUCCUGUGACCGAGAAACUCAUGGGCAAGGAUGAGGUCGUCAAGGCUGAAGAGAUCAAGGAAUUCUGCCAAGCUGUCGGUAACCAAGCGGAAAUCUACGUUGAUCGUGGUCAAAAGGUCAAUGCUCCCAUGGACUUUGCCAUCGUUGUUGGCUGGAAGGCUAUUAUCAAGGCCAUCUUCCCCAAGGUUAUUGAUGGUGAUUUGCUCAAGCUUGUGCAUUUGUCCAAUGGAUUCCGUGUUUUGGAAGGCGGUGAUCUUCUUUCCGUUGGUGAUGUCGUCGAUACGUACGCCGAGAUCAAUGCCAUUGUCAACACCGACUCUGGCAAGCUCAUCGAAGUCAAGGGUGUUAUCGUCCGUGAUAACAAGCCCGUUUUGGAAGUGACUUCCCAGUUCUUGUACCGCGGUCAGUUCGAUGACUUUGAACACACUUUCGAGCGCAAGAUGGAGACUCCUAUGGAAGUCAAGUUGAACGCUGUUAAGGACAUCGCUGUUUUGAAAUCCAAGAAGUGGAUCGAAUGGACCGAGGAAUUGGACAACUACGAGUUGGCUCCUGGCUCCUCCCUUAUCUUCCGUUUGAACACCGAACUCAAGUAUAAGAACAAGAAGGUGUUCUCCAGUGUCAAGACAGUCGGUACUGUGACCAUGCAGGUCUCCACCAAGGAAUUUGUCGAAGUUGGCAAAGUGUCCUACGAAGCUGGUGAGAGCCAUGGCAACCCUGUUAUUGAAUACUUGAAGCGCAACGGUCAAGAGAUCGAACAGGCUCAUUUCUUCGAAAAUGGUGGUUACUCUGUCAUGCCUAGCCAAUCCACUUACUCGUCGGUCGUGCAUGCUCCCGCAUCCAACGAACCCUAUGCCAACGUUUCGGGUGAUUUCAAUCCUAUUCACGUCAACCCUUACUUUGCUGAUCUCGCUUUGCUUCCUGGUACCAUUACUCACGGUAUGUGGACCAGCGCCUCGACUCGCAAGUUUGUCGAAAUUUUCGCUGCCGACAACGCCCCUCGUCGUGUGGUCGCUUAUGACGUCAAGUUUGUUGGUAUGGUCUUGCCCUCUGAUCGUCUCGAAACCAAGUUAUCCCACACUGGUAUGAAGAAUGGUCGCAAGAUCAUCAAGAUCGAAACCGUGAACCAGAACAACGAAAAGGUGGUUGAAGGCACGGCCGAAGUCGAACAGCCUGUCAGUGCUUAUGUGUUCACUGGUCAAGGUUCUCAAGAACAGGGUAUGGGUAUGGCUUUGUACGCUAGCUCUCCUGUUGCCAAGAAUAUCUGGGACAGAGCCGAUAAGCAUUUCAUGGAAAACUACGGUUUCUCCAUCUUGGAAAUUGUGCGCGAAAAUCCCAAGGCCAAGACGGUGCACUUUGGUGGUCCCCGCGGUCAGAAGAUUCGUAACCAAUACAUGAGCAUGUCGUACGAUGUCGUCGAUGCUGACGGUAGCAUCAAGACUUUGCCUUUGUUCCCUACCAUCACCGAACGUACUGCUUUCUACACUUUCCGAUCGCCCACUGGUCUUUUGUCGGCUACUCAGUUCACUCAGCCUGCUUUGACCCUUAUGGAAAAUGCCGCUUUCGAAGACAUGCGCUCGAAGGAAUUGAUCCAAGCCAACUGUGCUUUCGCUGGUCACUCUCUUGGUGAAUAUGCCGCAUUGGCUUCCGUCGGCGAUGUCUUGCCUUUGGAAUCUUUGGUGGAUGUCGUUUUCUAUCGUGGUAUGACCAUGCAAUCUGCUGUGAAGCGUGAUGCUGAAGGUCGCUCCAACUAUGGUAUGGCUGCCGUCAACCCUGCCCGUGUCUCCAAGUCUUUCAAUGACACCGCCUUGCGUUACGUGGUUGAUUCGAUUGCUCGCCAGAGUGGCGAUGUUUUGGAAAUUGUCAACUUCAACGUCGAAAACUGGCAAUACGUCGCUGCCGGUUCCAUCCCCAACUUGGAUGUGCUUACGAAUGUACUCAACUAUUUGAAGGUCUCCAACAUUGACUUGCAGAAAUUGAUGGAAACCAUGCCUCUUGAAGAUGUCAAGAAGCAUUUGUCCGAAAUCAUCGAUGGUGCUUUGGAGCAGACCCAGGCUAAGCAGGCCAAGGGCCGUAUCCAACUUGAACGUGGUCACGCUACUGUUCCUUUGCCCGGUAUUGAUGUGCCUUUCCACUCGUCUUUCUUGCUCAGCGGUGUCGCUCCUUUCCGUACCUAUUUGGCCAAGAAGUUCAAUCCCACUGAUAUCGAUGUGGCUCAAUUGACCGGCAAGUACAUUCCUAACUUGACCGCCCAGCCUUUCAGUACCAAGAAGGAGUACAUUGAAAGUGUGUACAACUUGACUUCCAGCCCUCGUCUCGGCAAGGUGUUGAAGAACUGGAGUGAUGACAAGUACGUCUCGGCUGCUCAGCAACAACGUCUUGGUUACACUUUGCUCGUUGAAUUGUUGGCUUAUCAAUUCGCUUCGCCUGUUCGUUGGAUCGAGACUCAAGAUCAACUCUUCAAGCACUUCAAGAUUGAACGUCUCAUCGAAGUGGGUCCUGCUCCUACUCUCAGUGGCAUGGCUACACGUACUCUCAACCUCAAAUAUCAGGCAUAUGAUAACGCUCUGAGCAACAGACGUCAGAACUUGUGUAUCGCCAAGGAUUCCAAGGAGAUUUACUACGAGUUUGAAAACGCUGCCGAGGAAGAAGCUGCUGGUGAUUCUGCUGCUGCUGCUCCCAGCGCCUCUGCUCCCGCACCGGCUGCUGCAGCUGCUGCUCCCGUUGCCGCUCCCGUUGCCGCUCCCGCGGCUUCUGCUGGACCUGCUGCACCUUUGAGUGAUGCGCCUGUCACGGCCAUGGAAGUCAUUCACGUGGUGAUUGCUCAAAAGUUGAAGAAGACCGUGGAUGAAGUUCCAUUGUCCAAAUCGAUCAAGGAUUUGGUUGGCGGCAAAUCCACUUUGCAGAACGAAAUCCUCGGUGACUUGCAGAAGGAAUUCGGUAAUGGCGUUCCCGAGAAGGCUGAAGAGACUCCUUUGGAUGAACUCGGUGCUUCGCUCGAUGGCUCUUUCAGCGGUACUCUUGGUAAACACUCCAGCUCCAUGGUGGCCAAGAUGAUCUCCAGCAAGAUGCCCGGUGGUUUCACCUUGGCUAAUGCUAAAUCUUACCUUACUGCUUCUUACGGUCUCGGUCCCGGUCGCAUCGACGGUGCUUUGUUGAUGGGUCUUACCAUGGAACCUGCUGCUCGUUUGGGCGCCGAAGCCGAUGCCAAGGCUUGGUUGGAUUCCGUUGCUCAGGCUUAUGCCAAGAAGGCCGGUGUUUCUUUGAAUGCUCCUGGUGCUGGUGCUGCUGGCGGUGCUGCUGGCGGUGCUGUGGCUGUCAUCAACUCUGAAGAGUUCGAUGCUCUCAAGGCCAAGCAAGAUAAUCUCAUUUACCAGCAGCUGAACUUGUAUGCUCGCUACUUGCAGAAGGACCUCCGCGAUGGUCACAAGAAGUAUGAAGAAGAAAAGACCAUGACUGCCAAGUUGCAAGCUGAGCUCGAUCAAUGGCUCAUUGAACACGGUGAUAUCUACGCUGAAGGUAUCAAGCCUGUCUUCACUCCUUUGAAGGCUCGUCGCUACGACUCGUACUGGAAUUGGGUCCGCCAAGAUGCUCUCGAGAUGUGGUACGAUAUUAUCUUUGGCAAGUUGGCCAUUGUUGAUCGUGAAGUUACUGCCAAGUGCUUGCGUAUCAUGAACCGUGCUUAUCCUCAAUUGGUUGACUACAUGCGCUACAACGUCGAAAACUGCGCUGGUGACAAGGGUGAAACCUACCGUUUGGCUAAGGAACUCGGCCAAGCUCUCAUUGAGAACUGUGUCGAAGUACUCGCUGAAAGCCCUGUUUACAAGGACGUUGCCUUCCCCAAGGGUCCUAGCACGACUGUGACUGAAAAGGGUGACAUCCUUUACAAGGAAGUUCCUCGUCCUGGCUGCCGCAAGUUGGUGCACUACGUCAAGGAUAUGACUCAAGGCAGUCACUUGUCUGAAUAUUCUAACCGCCUCAAGGUGCAACAAAACUUGGGUCGUAUCUAUAAGAUCAUCCGCAGCCAGAACAAGAUGAAGAAGACCACCAAGGUCGCUAUCAAGGAACUUUACAGCGAUGUUCUCCGCUCCAUGGCCAUGUCCAGUACUAUUGUCAAGGAACCCCGCAGCCGUCAACGUCGCUUGUCCAGCACCACCGGCCGUAUCCCUGAUCGCAAGCGUGUGUCUGCCAAGCAAGCCAAGUCGGAAACCAUCCCCUUCUUGCAUCUUAAGAAGAGAAACGAGAACGAUCCUACUGGCUGGGAAUUCAGCAACCGUUUGACCAGCACUUACCUUGAUGUGCUUAACGAAAUUGCUGAGCAAGGUAUCACUUUUGCCGACAAGUGUGUCUUGGUUACUGGUGCUGGUAAGGACUCGAUUGGUGCCGAAGUCCUCAAGGGUCUCGUGUCCGGUGGUGCCAAGGUUAUCGUGACCACUUCGCGCUUCAGCCGUCAAGUCACUGAAUACUUCCAAGGUAUCUAUCAAGCCUACGGUUCCCGUGGUUCCGAAUUGGUUGUUGUUCCCUUCAACCAAGGUUCCAAGCAAGAUGUCGAAGGUCUUCUCGACUACAUUUACGAUGUCAAGGGCUUGAACUGGGAUCUCGACUUUGUCAUUCCUUUCGCCGCUAUUCCCGAGAAUGGUCGUGAAAUCGAUUCCAUCGACUCCAAGUCCGAAUUGGCUCACCGUAUCAUGUUGACUAACCUGUUGCGUCUUUUGGGUGCUGUGAAGACUCACAAGCAAGCCAUUGGCUCCGACACUCGUCCUGCUCAGGUUAUCUUGCCAUUGUCUCCUAACCACGGUACCUUCGGUGCUGAUGGUCUUUAUGGUGAAUCCAAGAUUUCUCUUGAAACCUUGUUCAACCGUUGGUUCUCUGAAAGCUGGUCCAGCUAUCUUGUGAUUGCUGGUGCUGUCAUCGGCUGGACUCGUGGUACCGGUUUGAUGAGCGCCAACAACAUGGUUGCUGAGGGUAUCGAAGCUUUCGGUGUUCGUACUUUCUCCACUGUCGAGAUGUCGUUCAACAUUUUGGGUCUUAUGCAUCCCAGCAUUGUUGAACUUUGUCAGAACGAACCCGUCUGGGCCGAUCUCAACGGUGGUCUUCAGUUCAUUCCCAACUUACAAGAAGUCAGCAACAACUUGCGUCAACAAAUCCGUGAAACUGCUGAAAUUCGUAGCGCCGUUGCUGCUGAUAACGCUUUGGAUUUCAAGAUUGUUUGCGGUGAGGAAGCCGAGCGCAAGAACAAGCCUCACAAGGUCACUCCUCGUGCCAACAUGAAGUUCGAUUUCCCCAAGCUCAAGCCCUAUGAAGCUCUCAAGCACUUGAAUCAUCUCAAGGGUAUGCUCGAUCUUGAGAAGGUGAUUGUCUGUACCGGCUUCGGUGAAGUGUCUCCUUGGGGUAACGCCCGUACCCGUUGGGAGAUGGAAGCCUAUGGCGAAUUCUCGUUGGAAGGCUGCAUUGAAAUGGCCUGGAUCAUGGGUUACAUCAAGCAUCACCACGGUAACUUGAAGAACGUUCCUUACUCUGGCUGGGUGGACGCCAAGACCAACGAACCCGUCGAAGACAAGGAUGUCAAGGCCAAGUACGAGAAGCAGAUCUUGGAACACUCCGGUAUCCGUUUGAUUGAUCCUACUGUGAUGCGCGGCUACGAUCCCGAGAAGAAGAUGUUGAUGCAAGAAAUCGUUGUCGACCACGACUUGGAGCCUUUCGAAUGCAGUCAAGAAGAAGCUCAGCAGUUCAAGCAUCAGCAAGGUGACAAGGCCGAUAUCUACGAAUCUACUACUGGUGACUGGAUUGUGGUUCUCCGCAAGGGUGCCACUCUUUAUGUGCCCAAGGCUCUUCGUUUCGACCGUCUCGUUGCCGGUCAAAUUCCUACUGGCUGGGAUGCUGCUCGCUAUGGUGUUCCCAAGGACAUCAUUGAUCAAGUGGAUCCUGUGACAUUGUUCAACCUCGUUUCUACGGUGGAAGCCUUUGUUUCUUCUGGUAUCACUGAUCCCUAUGAGUUCUACAAGUACGUCCACGUCUCCGAAGUGGGUAACGUUACUGGUUCCGGUGUCGGUGGUCAGCUUUCUCAGCGUGCUUUGUUCCGUGAUCGUCUCCUUGACAAGCCUGUCCAGAAGGAUGUCCUUCAAGAAUCUUUCAUUAACACGAUGGCUGCCUGGAUCAACUUGUUGUUGCUUUCUGCCUCGGGUCCUAUCAAGACGCCUGUCAACGCUUGUGCCACUUCUGCCGUUUCGGUUGAAUUGGCUGUCGACUCUAUUCUGAGCGGCAAGGCCAAGAUCAUGAUUGCCGGUGCUACCGAAGACAUUACCGAAGAAUCCAGCUAUGAAUUUGCCAACAUGAAGGCUACCUCGAACGCUGUCGAUGAAAUGGAACAUGGCCGUACUCCUGCUGAGAUGUCUCGUCCUGCUACUACCAGCCGUAACGGUUUCAUGGAAGCCCAUGGUGCUGCUAAUCACAUCUUGAUGACGGCUGCCACUGCUCUUGAAAUCGGUGCUCCCAUCUAUGGUAUUAUUGCCUUGACCAACACUGCUUCCGACAAGGAAGGCCGAUCCGUGCCCGCUCCUGGUGCUGGUGUGUUGACCACCGCUCGUGAAUCCUCCAAGAAUGCUUCGCCCCUUUUGAACAUCAAGUACCGUGCUAGACAGCUCAAGUCGCGCCGUGCUCAGAUCAAGAGCUGGGUCGAGGGAGAAUAUGAUGCCUUGUAUGAAGAGCUCAACGAACUCAAGGCCGCCGGUGAAAUCGAAGACGAGAAGGAAUGGAUUGCCGAGCGCACCACCUUCAUCCACAAGGAAGCCAAACGUCAAGAAAAGGAAGCUCUGUCCACCUGGGGCAUGAACUUCUAUCAACAAGAUUCUACCAUCGCUCCUCUCCGCGGUGCUCUCGCUGUGUACGGCCUUACUGUUGAUGAUAUCAACGUCGCCUCCUUCCACGGAACUUCCACCAAGGCUAACGACAAGAACGAAUCUCGUGUGCUCAAUGAACAGCUCAAGCAUCUUGGCCGCUCCAAGGGUAACGCUUUGCUUGCCAUUACUCAGAAAUACUUGACAGGUCACCCCAAGGGUCCUGCUGCUUCCUGGAUGGCCAACGGUGUGAUGCAGACUCUUUUGAGUGGUAUCGUUCCCGGUAACCGUAACGCCGACAACAUUGAUGAAGUGCUCAAGGAGUUUGAGUACAUUGUGUAUCCCUCUCGCAGCAUUCAAACCGAUGGUUUGAAGGCUGGUCUUCUCAAGUCCUUCGGUUUCGGUCAAGCUGGUGGUGAAAUUCUUAUCAUCCAUCCCGACUACGUUCUCGCAGCUCUUGAAGAACACGAGUACGAAGCUUACAAGAAGAAGAAUGCUCAACGUUACGCUCAGGCUUACCGCUACUUGCACGACUCUUUGACUGGUGUGAAUGACUUGAUCCAGGUCAAGAAUGCUCCCCCAUACACCGAAGAACUUGAACACAAGGUCUAUCUCAACCCCAACGCUCGUGCCGAGUACUCCAAGGAGAAGAAGACCUGGGAGUUCAGUGCCAAGUCCGCUGCUACCGCCUCUCCCGCUUUUGGCGACGCCGAAACCACUCAAACGGUGUUGAGCUCGUUGGCUGAACAGCAAGCUGGUAAGAAGGGUGUGGGUGUUGACGUCGAACUCACAUCGGCGGUCAACAUUGACAAUGAUACCUUUGUGGAACGUAACUUCACCACUGCCGAAAUCGAAUAUUGUCUGUCUCGUCCUGAUCCCCAAGCAAGCUUCACUGGUCGCUGGUCUGCUAAGGAAGCCGUCUUCAAGGCUAUCUCCUCCUACGGUGGUAUUUCCUCGGAAGGUGCUGCUGCUCCCCUCAAAGAAAUCGAAAUUGUAGCCAACGAUGUUGGUGCUCCUGAAGUCAAGUUGUCUGGCAAGGCCCAAGCUGCCGCUCAAUCUGCAGGCAUCAACUCUGUCAACGUUUCCAUCAGCCAUAGUGGGGCCUACAGCGUAGCCGUUGCAUUGGCUCAGUAA